UCCAACAUUGACAUUACAGAGUAAUCUCAGAAUUUACUAUGAAAAUUAAUGGUCUGGGAGUUGGAGGUAAGUUCCAAGUAUGGCACUGGUCUUCCAAACACCAGACUUUGAACCAGUUUUGAUCUGAAGGUUGACGUUAGAGAGAGAGAUCGCAGUAAAUGUGGAAAAAUAUGUAAAUGCUGCAUAAAUAACAGAAGCAAAGCUUGAGGGUAAAAGACAAAAUGAGAUGAUGGGAUCUUUUGAAGAAGAUUGUGUAGAUAGUUGCAAAAGGGUAUGGGAAGGUGGUUAUGUCAUUUAAAGCCCUAUCCAAAAGCCUUCUCUCUGAUAUUCAUUGAAAUAUCAGCAGCAGAGCAUGAACUUCAAUACUGCGUUUUCAUAGAGGAUAUAUCUCAAGUUUUAAUUUUGUGUCAUGGAUCAAGAAGAAAAGCAGGAAUGUGCUCCACCCUUGCCAGUUCUUGCGAGACUGGAUUUUCGCCUUGAUCGCUUGGUUGAGUAUCUGGAAGAAAAUCGUUCAACCGGGGACAUUAACCGAGAAGUGGAACUACAAGAUCAGUGCAAGACCCUGUCCUCUGCACUGGAGGAAGUUCAUCAGAAAGGCACUCUAAUGGAUCGAUUAGGCAUGCUUGAGAAGCGCGUAUUUCAGUUGAGCCUUGAGAUCAAUGGAGGGAAUACAUCAAGGUCAAGCGCUUGCACUAUUGACCUAGCCGGAAAAUCAAGGCUUGGAUCAGAUUCAACCACACUUACAAGCCAGAAUGAUGACAUAACAAUAGUUCAUGAAGACAAGCAAGGCCUUCCAUUACUGACUGGUCAAGAGAGCAUAUCUGUAAAGGCAUGCGUGGGAAAGCAACAAGAAGGCUGUAAUGGCACAAGAAGGACAAGAAGUGUCAAGAUAAUGCAGCGGAAAAAAUGGCUGGGAUGGUUUAGGUUGGGGUGCUGAUACUGUCAUAUUAGUCACUUCUGUUUGCAAUAUAUGGUGUUGUACUGUUGUAUCUAUAUAUGUUGAUGAAAAAAAAAAGUGAAUUGUUUACAUAACUGCAUAAGCUUCCAAUCUUGCUGCUCAGAGAGACCCAAUAAUUGUUUGCUGUCCAUAUUGAUAAUUGCAGUCCAUAUCUAUCCAGAAAUAAGAAGAAAAA